CAUUUCGUGCAGGGAUGAAGCUGCCCGGAUGUGGCAGAAACGUGACGCGGAAUGGGAGAGAGAGAGACUGGCGAGAGAAAGAUUGAUGUCUGAAGUAUGUCAUUAUAUUAGGGAAGCACAUGUGUUUUACACCGAGUCUGUUACCUCAAACAUUUCCUAUACAUAUCCAGGGGUGGAAAAAGUAUCGGAACCUGGGAACCUAGUUCCCAGAAAUGUUUUGAGUUGAGAGUUUUGCAGAAAAUUUUCCAGAAAAUAUUUCAACAUUUUGAGAUAACCCUGUUUACUCAACUUACAAGUUACAACUAUUCUACUUUAUUUACACUGUACACACUAACAUCAGCAGCCUUUUAAAUAUUUGACAGAAAUUAAUUCUUUUACCCACCCCUGUCAUCACAAUGACUGGUAAAAUGGUAAAUAUAUGCUCUGCAAAGUCUCCAAUAAAAUGCAAAUUAAAUAGUAAACAAAUAAAAGUGAUGGAAUAAAUAAGAUGAUAGGACACUUAGUUAAGCGUUAGAUCCUUACUAUGAUGUUUGUGAUGUUAUUCUGAGUGUGUAUCCACACCGGGCAAGCUUGAAAAAUAUGCCUGGCCACGGUGGGAAUCGAACCUACGACCUUUGGAAUAUUAGCCCAAUGCUCUGCCAGCUGAGCUACACGGUCAGGUCGGUUCGAGUGUCUGAUAUUUCGGAACUGAGUUUAGUUCUUUCGACAUCAAUGUAAUCUAGUAUUCCAAAUGUCGUAGGUUCGAUUCUCAUCGUGGUUAGGCAUAUUUUUCAAGUUUGCCCAGUGUGGAUAUACACUCAGAGUAACAUCACAAACAUCAUAUUCACCUUAUUACAUAACACCAACACAGAAAAAAUCAAGAUCCUUACUAGUUGGUCAUAACUUAUAACUGUGGUAUAUAACAGACAACUAUUGUGAUGUACAAGCGUACGAAAACCAGCCUAAAGCCCAUUAUUACUAAAGUACAAAUAAUACAAUAAUUAUGCGUUUGUUUUGUUAUUUUUGUAAUUGUAACAUUACAAAUUUUACAGAAAAUUUCUAGCCUUUGACCCAGGUUCCCAGAAGGAAAAAUUUUUUUUCCACCCCUGUACAUAUCCUUUAAAACUUAGAAAAAAUAAAACCUAUGCAAAAUUCCUACUGUGAUCACAGAAACUUCGAUAAUAUAAACCAGACUUUAUUUUUCUUUAAACCACUGUUAUUUACUUUGAUGAAAAUUUUCUUUUUCUGUGUAGGUUCUUGAUGAACGUAAGAAACAGAUCGAGCAGAAAAUGGCGGAAAUACAUCAGCGACAUAAAGAAUCCCUCGAGACUCAGGAGGAGUUGCUGGAUGAAAUGGAAGCAGUGAACAGGAUGACUGAACGGGAGAAGAAAGUGGAGGAAGAGAAACGAAAAAUGAGAGAAAGAGAACUACAGACACAGGUCAGUAUAAACUGUCUGUUUUUGAAGUAUGAGAAUAGUCUUGGUGGGUUUCAUACUUCCUCCGCAAGCCAUACAGCCCGUAAUGAGUAUGCCCGUUCGCAGGUUAAAAUUUGAAAUUUGAGACGAAGGCAUGUGUUGCCGUUUGUUUUUCCCACUAAUUUUCACCCGCCCGAAAUUUUCGCCUCCCUAAUUUUUGAAAGGCCUGCGGAGGAGGUAGGUGGGUUUCAGUAAAUGUUAGCAGGUAGUGAUGAACUUCAGUAGCAUGUAGGAAAUAUAAGACUACUACAUAUUAUGGAAGGCAUUGACAUCACUUUGUCACUCUGAUAGUGAUAAACGUCCGCUGGGUUUCAAUAUGUAGUAGUCUUAUAUUUCCUACAUGUUACUGAAGUUCAUCACUACCUGCUAACACUUACUGAAACCCACCUACCUCCUCCGCAGGCCUUUCAAAAAUUAGGGAGGCGAAAAUUUCGGGCGGGUGAAAAUUGGUGGGAAACAAACCGCUACACAUGCCUAUUAACUGUGGUUUCACUAAGCACUAUCGUGCAGCAGAUGAUGAUGUAGUUUAUAACAUUUAUAAGAUGCUUGUGAUGUUACUCUGAGUGUAUAUCUACACCGGGCAAGCUUGAAAAAUAUGCCUGGCCACGGUGGGAAUCGAACCUACGACCUUAGGAAUACUAGCCCAAUACUAGCCAACCGAAAAAAUCAUAUUACUAGAUUGCAUUGAUAUCGAAGGAACUAGACUCAGUUCCGAAAUAUCUCAUACUCGAACCGACCUGACCGCGUAGCUCAGUUGGCAGAGCAUUGGGCUAGUAUUCCAAAGGUCGUUGGUUCGAUUCUCACCGUGGUCAGGCAUAUUUUUCAAGCUUGCCCGGUGUGGAUACACACUCAGAUUAACAUCACAAGCAUCAAAUUCACCUGAGUACAUUACACCAACACAGAAAAAAAAACAUUUAUAAGGUUGACCAUUUUCUGCUGUCCUGUAAUGCUUCAACAUACUGAUUCCACUGCCCUCUGCAGGGGAGUUUAUUUUUUUUCAUUCUAUGUAGUAGUCUUGUAUUGGUCUUGGAAAAUAAAUAGAUUUGAGAGAUGUAGUUUAAUUUUCUUGCUCCAAGUGUCAACAUUUCUGAAGUUCAGGGUGCGAUAAUUCAAAAUUUUUAGUGGUACCCGACUGGUACGCCAAUGAUUGUUGCCGCGUACUUGCGCUCAGGGGCGAAACUAGCCCCUUUUAAUUGAGGGGGGGUGUCUGCUAGAAUUGCCCUGCGAAAGCCGAGGGGGGGGGGGGGGGGGGGGGAAAAAAAAAUUUUGGGCCACCAUUUUUCCGGACAUAAACCAAUUAAAUUAAGGGUCAAAAUUUUUUUUUGGACAAAUUCCUGUUAAAACAUGCAUGAAUGAAACCCUUAUUUUUUUUACCAAUAUUUGUAAAAUUUAGGUCUAUAAAUUAUAUUCAAUUUCCUCUGGAAGCUACUUAAUAACUUUACAUUUUAUCAUUUAAAAUCUUUCAUUGCCCUGCCAAUCCAGAUGAUUUGUACUUGGGGGGGGUGUCACCUCCCCCCCCCCCCUCAAAUUUCGUCCCUGCUUGCACUAGUACAAACUCACUACUCGAUGUAUACUUGGUCAUUAAAAUAAAGUACAGGUUUCUGAAAAGUAUGUGCAGACUACGAGUUAGAACAAGAAGCACAUGCAAUUGCAUAUACAGACAAUCGACUCCAACGUUUCUUAUAUUCCCAUCAGUCCAAUCGUGUUUCAUGCUAUCCACGACAUCUCGGGCACAUGAUAUACCAACUAAAUUAAAUUACGGUAUUGAAUACCUUGGGCUAUAGGAAAGCAUGUGUAAGUACGCAUAUAUGAUAUAGCAGUAGUUCCGUGUACCUACGUGGUACGUGGCUGAAAACAAAGAAGUACCAGAUCGUAAUAUUGGUGUACCUCCGGUACGUAAAUACGCGAAUUGUCGCACCCUGUAAGUUGACCACCAGGGCGCUUAUAUAUAUAAGCGCCCUGUUGACCACCCAUAUUCUUCCUCUGAUUGAAACUCUCCAGUAUGUAACUAUAUCGAGUAAUUUUCUUGUUGCUCAUUUAGAUCACAGAGAGACGGCAGCGAGACAUGCAAACCAAGUAUAGAGAACAAGAGAAACUAGACAGUCAAAGGUAUUGUAGUAUAUUCACGAUUUGCCAACUUCACAGAUGUUGAAUCUUUGGAAUUUAUUGAACAAUAUAUAAUGAAAGCUGUCAGUCGUAACGUCUUUUUAAUUACUCCUUCAGACGUGAAGAAGACGCUUAUCAACAAAUGGUUCGACACGAGGCGGAGAGGAUUACUGAACGAGACAUGGGUCAAAAGGUAUGGUGUGAACAGGGUCAGACAUUUCGCGAACUAUUGUGGGGGGGGAUUUAGGUUGCCACCAUAUAUGACCACCGUUUCUGGAAAUCUCAAUUUUUUACGAGUUUUUUUGCCGUAAAUGCCAUGCAAUGUAUAGCUUAAUCCAUAGCCUACCAAUGCUUUCAUGGUCGAAAGAUAAUUGUCACAGCUGCGUUACACAGUUAAUCACGAAAAUAUUGGGGGGAGGGGGUGCGUGGUUGCCCCCAGUGUCCGCCAUUGGGUGUGAACAUGAAAUGGAUUCAUGCAGAUUUAUACAGAAUGAAAACAUGCUCUAAAUACAAAGGCUCUUAUGAAAUUAUUAGAGAGGUUCAGAUUUGACUUCAUUACCGCUACGCUCUACCACUACCUCUCACUGGCUUAGUACGCAUCUGAUUGGUUAAUCGGAUAUGUCAACGCAUCUGAUUGGUUAAUCGAAUAUAUCAAACGUAUCUGAUUGGUUAAUUGAAUAUAUCAAACGUAUCUGAUUGGUUAAUCGAAUAUAUCAAACGUAUCUGAUUGGUUAAUCGAAUAUAUCAAACGUAUCUGAUUGGUUAAUAGACCCUUAAUGGUAGCGGUAGUGGAAGUAGAGUCUGAACCUUGUUUCUCCAACACUGGCGUCGGGACGUCACGAAGACAUCAAAAUAGACGCAUCACGUUUUUUUAUUGUUAGUCAUAUCGCAGACGGAAGAUCGCCUUCGACUGAAUCUCUGAGGAUUGGGUAUUUAUUCUGUACAUACAUACACUCAAUUGGCAAGGUAAAUUCAAAAACAAUUCUAAUAAUAAAAAUGGGUACGCCAAACGUACAGACAGAGAGGGGGAAAACCCGGAUUGUAUAUAAAAUAUAAACAGUCUUUACGAACAAACGGUUUAUUCAAUUUUAACUUUUUUAUUUAACAUGCUAUAUCGAAGGACAACUUCAUUUGAAUUUCCAAACAUGAAUUGGUCACAAAAUUUUGAUAACACCGUUUAUUUACCAGAAUUAAUUUCACAUAGCUAAUCUACCUGUCUCAAUCGCUGUUCAUAUAUAUAAAACCUAGAUAGAAAGCUGAUAUGAUCACAAAUCUUCUUCAAUCAAACUACACUUCUUGUCCUAAUCUUCAGUCUCGUUCAUUUAAUGAAAAUCACUUUGUUUGUAUUUAAAACUCGUUCCUUAUCUCAAAUCUUAAAUUGUUAACUUGUCAUCCUAUCUUCAAUCAAAAUAUAUUACCUCAUCACCUAGUAUUGGUAUCCUCAAAAUCCCAUCUGUUUAUCCUCAACCGAAACACACUGUUCAUAUUUGAAUAUAAUACAAGUAUCGUUCUUCGGUAUAAAUAUAUCCACUCCAUCGCGUGCAGUCACGUUCUCACUUUCAUACAAUGACCAGUAAUGUCCAGUGAACGGCUCUUGUACAACGCCUGAUAUGGAUGUAAUCAUUCGACCAUACGAUGUCUGCAAAGCUUCAAAUGUAUACUCUUUGUUGACCUCGGCUGCUCGUUUCAGAAUUUCAUAAGCUGUUGUCUUCUCUGGAACCACUAGAACAACUUUUUGUGGUGUAUUUUGAUUCUUCGUAGGGUCUUGAAUUUCUAGCUUCACACAUACUGUCUGAAAAGUAAUGAAAUACUUGAUACACCUAGCUUACAAUUGUGGCUAUUCAUGGUGUUAGCUAGCCCAUAUACUGUUCGUUUCCCAAUUAAAGUAGCUAAGGGGCUUUCCCAACUGGGUCUACUGGAAGAUUUUCAUUUUUUCUGAUGAGAAAGUGCAUUGCGUUUGAUUUUAUAUUAUUAUAUCAAAGAACGGUUUUAUUUACUUUUUUCCCAUUAAUAACUAUUUUCUCAAAAUGUAUCGCGUUUCAUUCAUAUUGAGUGUGUAUUCACUGAAAUUAAAUAUACAAAACAAAGUGUAAUCGGUGUGCAUCUGUGUUUUUCAGUGUUCAUUCACCGGAAAUGAAAUGUACAAAACCAACCUACCGUUGUUUGCAUCUAUGGAGAAACACGUUGGGAACAAACCCUACUUAUUCCUACACAAGGACUUUGAUCGGUCAAAAAAACUUUCCCAAUUUACGUUUAACGGACAAAACUUUUUUUCUGUCUAACACCCUGCUAUUGCAACCCAAUUCAAUCACAUAUAUAAUUUGAAAAUUUAAGCAUGUAUCUUUCCACAAACCUUAUUUCUUUUAACUUCUUGAGAAUCUAAAUUUUCAGAAAAAGAAUUA